AAAAAUGUGUGUGUGGGUUGCGAGAAAAAGGCCUCGCUUGUCUGUCAAUCAGGCCAUCGCGCGAGCAGAUGAGCAGCAAUUUCUACAGGGGAUCUAGCAUGAGUUUUAGAGCUGAUGAAAUAGGACUCUCUAUAACUUUCUUCUUUCAUUUGGGGGGAAUCUACUAAGUAGAUUAUUCACUAGGUCGGUUUUUGGUGAAGAAGUUCCAGUUCUCCCCUCCCGCUCUCUCUCUCUCUCUCUCUCUCUCUCUCUCUUUCCAGAAGGAAGAAAAGGUGUUUUUUUUUCUUUGUUUGGGUUUGAGCGUGGGCGGUGCAAAGGACGCGCACGCAACCAUCAAAACCAAAGAGUGGCAAAAUACUGAGGAAUUCGAAGUCGUGUUCCGACUGUUGUGCUGUUGUACAACAGCUCAGACACUCUCCACUGUUUUAAUCGGAAAGGGCUUGAAUCGCUGCCGACAAAAUCAUGUAGCUUUUGAAAUCUAGGAGCAGGAUCCAUUCAGCACACCAGGCAAGGAGCAGUGGUAGCAAAGCAGCAGUAGCCACAAGGGAAAAAAAAAUACAAUCUAGCGAGAGCGAUCCAGAUUCCAGAACGAGUGAGAGAGAGCUAGGGAGCUUCACUUGGAUGAAGCCUCGUGACGAGCGGCAGCAACAAACGCGCUGUGAUGAUCGCUCCGCCGAGAAUACUAUCCGUCCAGCCAGCCACGAGGAUAAUCAAGUCAGCAAGUAAGCAGCCGAUCAUCACAGCAAAAUUCGCUUCUUCGAGAUCGAAGGUGGAGUUCCCCGGGGGUGGCGGUGAUUUUCAUCGUCGGCAAGAUCGCAGUGGUGGCGAUGGUGGUGGUGGCGGUGCCAGUGGCGGUGGGAAGGAGGAGCAAGAGGAGGAGGAAGAGUCAAGCACCGCCAAGAGGCCGCGGCUCCAGGAUCCUCAUCAAGAAGAACACCACGAUCAGCAAGCUCGAUCACUGCGGAGCUCCGAUUUCCAUGUAGACCCGCGGCAGAUACCGGGAUUCAUGGAUGGGAGGGGUGAGAUUUUGACCCAGGAACGGUCGCUAAUGGUGAGCGUCCUCUCUCACGUCGGUCAAUCGGGUAGUACGUCGACUAGCAGUAGCUCCUCGCCUUUCGCCGGCGAUUCCUCUUCCAGGAUGAUCAUCCCGCAGGACCAGCGCCGCGGUGACGAUCAGCAAGCGCUCGAGCAGGCGCAAGCUUCACACAAGCGGCAGCGGGAUGUGGAGCAAUUAGACUGGAGCUACGAGUAUGAUCACGAGUUUAAACCGGAGGCUCUAGGAGCAAGUGGCUCCGGCGAUCGACCGGCAAUGCAUGUCGCGUCAAUCGGGCAAGCUCGAUCGGUCUCAUCGAUCACAGCGCAGCAGGCACAGGCCCAGCUGCAGCAGCAGCAGCAGCAAUCUCACGAUCAUCAGCGAGGAGGAACAGCGCUAGCGCCGGCGCAAGCGCGCGGAGCGGGCGAUCAGCGCCAGCAGCAACAACAGCAAGAGAAUCCAAGGCCGCGAUACCGCGGCGUUCGCCGGCGGCCAUGGGGGAAGUGGGCGGCAGAGAUUAGGGAUCCCAAGAAGGCGGCACGGGUAUGGCUGGGAACCUACGACACCGCCGAGGGCGCGGCCAGGGCGUACGACGCAGCGGCCAUCAAUUUCCGUGGCCACAGGGCCAAGCUCAACUUCCCAGACGAGUACCACAGCCGCCAGAGGCAGCGCGAGCAAGAGAGGAAGCAGCAGCAGGAAGCGCAGCAGCUGAUGCAAUCCAGGGCGGCCGCCGCGGCAGCGCAAGCGAGCACCACUCCCCCUCCCACUCCUCGUCCUCCUCCCGCUACGGCGUCUUUCGCAUGGCCGCAGAGCGCGCAGAGCUUGUUCCACGCAUCGGUGCUCCAGCAGGAGCAACUUAGGGUUCUUGGCUAUCGCCCGCCAUUCCUCCAGCAAUCGCCAUCCGUUGGAUUCUCCUCCCAGCAGCAGCAGCAGCUCCAGCAGGCCCAGCAAACCCAGAUUCACGAGCAGCAGAUCCAUCGCCAGCAACAAAUCCAGCAGAGCCUAGCCCAGCUGCCGCGAUUUGGAGUGGAAGAACAGGAUCCACAGCAUCAAGAGCAGCAGCGCAGGCGGCAAGAGAUUCUUUUGCAGCACCAUUUGCUCCGGCAGCAGCAGCAUCAGCAGCAGCAGCAGCAGAUGAUCGAGAAUUUGUUCUCGCAAGAAUGGCAUCACGAGCAGAGCUUCAAUCCAUUCGAACUCGACGAGGAGGAGGAGAGCGAUCCUCGUCCCCCUCCUCCGUCAUAGCAAUCAGUGUUCUUCUUUCUUCCUCCCCGGGAGAAGGAAAGCUGUCUAUCGUUUUUCUCUUUUUCGUUCAUUCAUUCAUUCGUCUUCGCAUAGAUAUUGUUUCUAAAAAUCCAAUUUUGGCGAGUUCGAUUCGCAGUUUUUUCUUCUCGGAUAAAAUAAUCUGGGCCUUUUUGGAUCA